AGAGCCAGGUUGCAUCAGUGAAUGUCCGAUGGGUUCAGAAAAUCACAUUGUGUUCCUUUAGCCAGCUCACCAAAAGAAGCACUGAAAUGAUGGAUGAAGGAACCGAGUUAUCUCUGACAAUCGCUCAUAUUGUCCAGCGACUGAAAGGAACUCAUUUACACUCUCAAAUUGAGAGACAAGCUAAAGAUUGUUUAAAUCAGCCCGAGAUAAAACUAGACUGUCUUAAAGAGGACGUGCGCAAUUUUCUCAAAACAUCAGGUUGGGAGAGAAAGCUACAGAAUGCAGUAUACAGAGAAAUGCACAUGCGGCCCGCCCCCAGCCACCCCUCUGCCCCCCCGGAGCACCACAAGGAGCCCCUGGCCUACAUGCGCAAGGCCCAGGCCAGUUGGGAGAAGCGCAUCCUCAAAAGCCUGAACAGCAUGUGCACCGAGUUGGGUGUUCCUCUGGCUCGUAAGAGGCCUGCGCCGGAGCAGAAGGAGCUCACCAACAAAUGGAACGAGAUGGGAACAGACGAGCCAGAUCUAAGUCGCUUCAGGCCUGUCUAUGCCCCUAAAGACUUCCUGGAGGUGCUGAUUAGCCUGCGGAACCCCAACUAUGACAUCAGCGAGGAGACCAGCGCCAGGAGCCACUGGGGCCUGAUCCAAGUACCCCUCUAUGUCAGGGAUAUACCACAGAUGAGAGAGGCCUACUCUGAGCUGAGUCUGACCACUGGACAACUGGGCAUCGAUGACCACACCCAGGUUCACCCAGAUAUGUUUGAACACGAACAUGUUCGCAUCGGAAAGAAAGUGGUGGGCGAGCAGGACAGCGCCGCAGCGCAGCAGUACAGCAGGCAGGGCUGUCCCACCGGGCUCCGGGCUGACCUCUGGGCCCUCGCCCUCAACUCCACCAACGAGCCAGAGGACAUGAUGCGCUAUGAGCAGCUGAAAGCAGGUGUGAUCCACCACGAUCUGCUGGUGGACAACCUCAUCUACAAGGACGUGAAGCUGACGGCCAGUAAUGAUGACUACUACUUUGUGUUUGAGGAUUUUCUCUAUCAGGUGCUUCUGUGUUUCUCUCGAGACACUGUUGUCCUAGAGCACUUCAGCUACAACAGCGCGACCCCGCCCAAGUCCCACGUACAGGGUAAAGUGGGAGCCGAGGAGUCUGCUGUGGUGUACCCCCCCAACGGUGUCAUCCCCUUCCAUGGCUUCUCUAUGUACGUGGCCCCUCUGUGCUUUCUGUAUAACGAGCCCUCGAAGCUGUACAGCGUGUUCCGAGAGAUGUACAUACGCUACUUCUUCAGGCUGCACUCCAUCUCCUCCUCUUCCUCGGGUAUCGUGUCUCUGUGCCUGCAGUUUGAGAGUCUUCUUCAGUCCCAUCUCCCCCAGCUGUUUUACCAUCUACGGGAGAUCGAGGCUCAGCCUCUGCGCAUAGCAUUCAAGUGGAUGGUGCGGGCCUUCUCCGGUUACCUGUCCACCGACCAGCUGCUGCUCCUGUGGGAUCGCAUCCUGGGCUACGACUCUCUGGAGAUAGUAGCAGUCUUGGCGGCGUCCGUGUUUGCCUUCCGGGCUGAGAAUCUGAUGGAGGUGACGUCGCUGGCCUCAGCCGAGGCCGUCCUCGCCGACCUUUCAACUCUGAAGGUCAUGCCUCUCAUCCAGAUCUUCCUCUUCGCCACAGUCAUCUGAGGAGCAGUGUGUGUGCCCAUGCGUGUGAAAAUGCCAAGGUACCUGGCCACUCCGACGCCACCCAUCCUCUGCCAAACACAAAUACCAAAGCCCUAUAUGAACCGCCCUGCCAUGUAUGUCCUCUGUUGCCGUAUUCCCAUCAUAUAGAAAACUACAUUUCCCAUCUGCACGCACCUAACAGCAAUCAUUACCGCCAUGUAUUGUGUCAUUAGAUAUUACUAUACAGUGUGAUAAGGUACUGCAUUGUCCCCAGAUAAUAUAGGCUAAGCUAACAUCCUGAAGACAUGCCCUCUAAAGUCAAAUGAUGCAUUUGCUAGCUUGGACCACCUUUAUCUGUCAGGAGUCAAAUUGGAUGGAGCAAAAUUGUCAUGAAUGUCAGGGAACUAUAUAUGCGAGCCCUUAAUAGUAAGUUCCAACUAGAUAUUCAUUGCACUGAUGAUAAUACAUAUGUAUGAAAAAAAAGAUUAGACGCUGCUGUCCUGCAUGUCAACUCUCCCAAAGGAAUUGUCAAAGGCAUACAAUAAUUAUUCAUAUUAUUUAUACUGAAAAUUAGGUUGUUCCUGUACUUGUGUAGAACAGUAUAAGCACUCACAAUAUCAGUAACUUACACUAGUACUAGUAUAUGAUAUGACAAUGGUAUACAUCUCAAAUGAAUGUACAGUAAAUGAUUGAAUGCCUUCUGCUCAACAGUCAGUAGUUCUUAGUAUUUAUUUUAACUUAAGGUUUUUAAAACAUCUUAAUGUAUAAUUGUGCUAUCUGUUAUUAGAAUUUGCCCAAAAAAAAUCAUCGUUCAGUGUUUUGCCAUGAUGAUGUUAUUGCCACCGAUUUACGAUUGGAUGUUUUUUUGUGGUCAUAAUAUGUAAUAUUAGUUAAUUCAUUUACUUUGUUUUUCUUUCCGAGUCAUUAAAAAGUUUACACUUAUGUUGUCUAAAGGUAUGCACCUUUUAAUAAAAAAUUAUGUUGUUGAAUUCUGUAUUUUCAAUUAUCAACUGUUUCUGUGCAAUAAACACU